CGUGGUCUACACACCACACAAACAAAGCCAGCGGCAACUACAACAUUUUCUACUUUUUGCCAGCAUAUUAAAUUCUUUGCCGGGGAAAAGGCAUGAUUUGCUGAAACAACCAGGAUCGGAGACAGAAUGCAGCUAAUCAAGUGCUUGGUCCUCAUUCAAUUGACCCUCCUGCUGGUGGAGGAGUCGUUAGCCGGCCGGGACUUCUACAAGAUACUGAACAUCAAGAAAAACGCCAACACGAAUGAGGUGAAGAAGGCGUAUCGCCGCCUGGCGAAGGAGCUGCAUCCGGACAAGAACAAGGACGAUCCGAAUGCCUCAGAGAAGUUCCAGGACCUGGGAGCCGCCUACGAGGUCCUGUCCAACCCGGACAAGAGGAAAACCUACGACCGCUGUGGCGAGGAGUGCCUGAAGAAGGAGGGCAUGAUGGACCACGGUGGCGAUCCGUUCUCCAGCUUCUUCGGCGACUUUGGAUUCCACUUCGGCAACGGCGAUGGCCAGCAGCAGGAUGCCCCAAGGGGCGCCGACAUCGUCAUGAACCUGUACGUCUCCCUGGAGGAGCUCUACUCGGGCAACUUUGUGGAGAUUGUCAGGAACAAGCCAGUGAGCAAACCCGCCUCGGGCACCAGGAAGUGCAACUGCCGCCAGGAGAUGGUCACCCGGAAUCUGGGGCCCGGACGCUUCCAGAUGAUACAGCAGACCGUGUGCGAUGAGUGCCCCAACGUGAAGCUGGUCAACGAAGAGCGCACCCUGGAAAUCGAAGUCGAGCAGGGCAUGGUCGAUGGCCAGGAGACGCGGUUCGUGGCCGAGGGAGAGCCCCACAUCGAUGGAGAGCCCGGGGAUCUCAUUGUGCGGGUCCAGCAGAUGCCGCAUCCGCGAUUCCUGCGGAAGGACGAUGAUCUGUACACCAACGUGACCAUCAGCCUGCAGGAUGCCCUCGUCGGCUUCUCGAUGGAGAUCAAGCACCUGGAUGGACACCUCGUGCCCGUCACGAGAGAGAAGAUUACGUGGCCCGGUGCCCGUAUCCGCAAGAAGGGCGAGGGCAUGCCCAAUUUCGAGAACAACAAUCUCACCGGCAACCUGUACAUCACCUUCGACGUGGAGUUCCCCAAGAAGGAUCUUACGGCGGAGGAAAAGGAAGCGCUCAAGAAAAUACUCGACCAAACCUCCAUCAAUCGUAUCUACAAUGGACUGUGAAUCGCCCAACGUCCACACCCAAGAAAGCGCUCGCUGGCUGUACUCUAGUAUUUAAAUGCCUAACUGGCGAUUUCAAUCUGGAAACGCCCCCAAUUCAAGAGAUGACUUUGUUCAAAAAAGUUGUGCGAUAAAAACAAUUUAAUUUUAGUUUAGAAUUUUGUAAAAUAGUAAAUGUUGAUGAGCGGAAAUCAGCAAAACUACAAGCAGUUCCUGCUGACAAAAGGAAUUGCAACACAAAACCAACCCCCCACAAAAUAAAACGGAUUUAAAUUAUA